UUUAUUAUCAUUAAAACUGAAGCAUACAUAAAAAGUUUCUUUGAAAGAGAAAUGAAAGUGUGAUCUCCAAAUUUAUUUUAGGCAGUUCGAUCUUGCCUAUCGAGGUGUUAGAGUCGAAUUUAGUUUCAUCAUACCGAAAGAUUUGCUUUUCAAAAAUGAAAUAUAUGCAUUCUACAAGAAUCAAAUUUCUUAUUAAAACAUAUUGAGUCCGCGGUCAAAAUCUAUAUAUUUUCUUGAAUUUCAACUGACCAGUGACUAGACAAAAAUUUCAAUUAAUGCAUAAAUUCAACACCAAAAUCCCUCAUAAAUCCAGUACUCUAUACUAAAAUACCCUUCUGUUCCCUCUAUCUAACCUAUUCGGCCCCCUAAUCGGCCCUAAUAUCUCUCCCAAAAGAGUGUGGUCACCCAGGUCUGAAGUGUGAAUCCAAGCAAUGGUGGAA